UGGCCUGACACACGCGUGCUGCUCUGCCCACAGGUGCUGGGAUGAGUGGGGGUGUCCCUCCUCGAGACUCUGGCCCCUCAGCGUCCCCCGAGAUUGAUCAUUCAAGGACAGGACAGAGGAAUGUUUACAUCUGUGUGUAUGAGUGCAUGUACAUCAGCGAGUGCAUGGGGAAUUGAAGGGGAUUUUUCUGACAUUCUCACAAUCUCCAAUGUGUACAACCGUCAGCAAUGCAUGAGUGUGUUGCACAGCUGGAUCAAACUGAGGAUGUCGGGAAGCUCCGGGAACGGGAAGCUGCGUCAGUGGCUGAUCGAACAGGUGGACACGGGGAAAUAUCCCGGGUUAGUGUGGGAGGAUCGAGAGCGAACCACCUUCCGCAUCCCAUGGAAACACGCAGGGAAGCAGGACUAUAACAGAGACGAGGACGCGGCGCUCUUCAAGGCCUGGGCUCUGUUUAAAGGGAAGUAUCGUGAGGGAAUAGAUAAACCGGAUCCUCCCACCUGGAAAACGCGUCUCAGGUGCGCGCUGAACAAGAGCAGCGACUUUGAGGAGCUCGUGGGCCGAAGUCAGCUGGACGUAUCAGAGCCGUUUAAAGUUUACCGGGUUAUUCCUGAGGGAACCAAAAGAGGACCAAAAUCAUAUGAGAAAGUUUCCACAACCUCAGGUCACCAUAACUACCCGUUUUAUCCGUCAUAUCAACCUGUGGAGAGUCAGGUGUGUAACUUCCUGUCUGCUGCAGACCGUAGCUGGAGGGACUUCCUGUGUGAGCAGAACUCACUAUCAGACAUCCACUUCAGCCAGAACUCGCGCUGGGACACUGGGUACCAGCUAAGUGGAUCUUUCUACAGCUGUAACACAUCAGACUCUCCUCCCUCACCGUUCACCCUGGAGACCAGCAUGAGAUCAGCAGAGGCCAUGGCACUGUCAGACACACGUCUGCAGGUGACGGUGUUCAGCGGUGAGACUCUGGUUGCAGACGUCACCGUCACGAGUGCCGAGGGCUGUCGACUGGCUCCUCAUGACGACAACUGGAGCUACAGCGGCCAGGGCGGCCCGGAGCUGGUUCCUCUUCCUGGAACGCUGGAGGGGGGCGUUCUGCUCUGGAUGACGCCCGACGGCCUGUACGCCCGAUGCUUCUGUCAGAGCCAGGUCUACUGCGACGGGACGCAAUCAAACCUGAGCACCAAACUCUGUAAACUAGAGAGGGAGCAGACCAGCAAACUACUGGACACACAACUCUUCCUGACAGAACUCCAGGGUUAUUUCCUGCAUGCACGUCCUCCUCCGCGUUUCCACGUGCAGCUGUUUUUUGAGUGCUGUGACCCCUCCGCAGACAAGAGACCCCUGACAGUUCAGGUGGAGCCACUGUUCGCCCGGCAGCUGCUGCUCCUCCUCCAGCAGGGCGGCGUGAAUUACAUGAGAAGCACCCAUGAACUUUCACCUCUGACCCCUGAGCAGAUUUACACCCAUCAAGAUUUCCCUGCCAUCAAUGGACAGCAUGGCAACUUCAUCCAAGAGUGACAAGACGUUUCUAGAUUUUACUAUGUAUUAGCAAAGUAAAAGAUACCAAUUUUUAAUUAACAGUUAAU